ACCUCAGCCCUCACGGUCACCACUGCGCUAUCGCUACGAGCGAGCUCGCUUCGAAAGGCGCACGCGGCGCCACGGCGAGCCACUCCAGCGCCAUGGCCGUGCUCUCCCUCCUCCUGCUGCCGCGGCCGUGUGCCGUCCUCGCCUCCAACGCAGGCGCCACGUCCACGUCCCCGCGGCCGGCCGUCAUCCUCCCAGGGCUCGGGAACAACACGGGCGACUACGCGCGGCUCGCGGCGGCGCUGCGGGACGACCACGGCCUGCCGGCGGCAGUCGUGGCGCGGGUCUCGCGCCCCGACUGGCUCCGCAACGCCGCCGGGCUUGCCGACGCCAACUACUGGCGAGGCAAACUCCGCCCGCGCCCCGUUCUUGACUGGUACCUGAAGAGGGUGGACGAAGCGGUGUCUGAGGCGAGGGAACUGUGCGCUCAAGAUGGGAAGAUAACACUGAUAGGGCAUUCAGCUGGGGGCUGGCUUGCGCGCGUGUACAUGGAAGAGUUUGAGGCUUCUGACAUAAGCUUACUGCUCACACUUGGCACGCCUCACUUGCCUCCUCCAAAAGGUGUACCUGGGGUAAUUGACCAGACUAGAGGACUACUGGACUAUGUCCAGAAGAAUUGUGCUCCAGCAGUUUAUACACCUGAACUAAGAUAUGUGUGCAUUGCUGGAAGGUACAUUCAAGGUACUCCUGUUCUGGGGAACCCCACAGUUGCUUCGGAUGAGAUUCUCGCAGUGGACACUCCUGCAGACGGAGGCGAGGCUGUUAUUAUCAGUACCAAUGACAAACCUACUCCAUCAAGAGCCACCUUGAGAGCCCGGUUCGUCGGACAAGGGUACAAACAGGUUUGUGGCCGUGCGGAUGUGUGGGGCGACGGCGUCGUUCCAGAAAUGUCGGCGCAUCUGGAGGGUGCACUGAAUAUAAGCUUGGACGGCGUGUACCACUCCCCUGUAGGCUCUGAUGAUGAACAGAGGCCCUGGUAUGGAUCUCCGGCAAUCCUCGAGCAGUGGGUGCAUCACCUUCUCAGCUGAGUUGAUACACGUGAGCAGAAGGCUACCGAUGCUGGAACUGGAAGUGUGUCCAGCUAGAAAUGCCAUCAGGUCCCCGCGGGCCAUGCCAUGUUGUGUAGCGUCGUUCAUUGGCAUAAUAGCAACGUAAAUCCUGAACAGCAGCAAGCAAAUGUAUGUCUUUGGCUUCUGUACACAACUUUACUCUGAUCUUUUGUCCAAAUAUAAUGGAUCAUCACUGGAAUUUCUUACUGUA